AGUAAUUACCUUGUCUUGGGCCGACGUUCUCAAGCAGCCCUUAAUAAUAUUCGGUCCGUCCUUGAAGUGCCCAGUUCUGGUUAAGCGUGAUAGGAAGAACAAGAAGAGUAAUAGACAAGAGCUCACAUAGCCGAAUACAUUGUUCUUGCCCUUUCUCAUAGAAGUAUUGCUGUUUCGAACAUCCUUCCGGAACCUCGAUGUCGUAACUUGUUGCACGCAACAUCAUGUCAAAUUAAAGCAAUACGUUUGAAGCUGUGAAAUGUUGUAUCGGCGGCCUUAGCCAAGGAGCUCCGAUAGCUCCGCGACAGCCCUCCAAUGGACGACGUCGUGCUUUAUACCGCGUACUACAGUUCAUAUCAUGUCAGAGCUGCGGAGGCUGCGGCAUUGCCGUCAAUUUCAAGGAAGGGCCAAGGAUUGGUUUGCGCAUUCCUUGCUUUCGGCGCUACCUGCGGGAUAUCAACAGUGGCGGUGGGCUUCCUUGCGCAUAACCCUGCCGUCAUUUGGCCAGUGGUCGCAUUAGGCUUGGUUGGUGUAGUCGUUGGAUUGAUAUUGGCCCACUGGAAGGCGACGGACUGCGGUAUGUGGGGUUUCCCGCCCUCCACCCACAGAAGUGCCAGUGACUCACAGCAAGAAGGCGCUCUGACAUCAGGAGAAGCGACCCUGCCCGGUGGCAGUAGCUGUCAGGGUGUACGAUACUACUUACCUAUGUACUGCGCCGAUGCGUUAGAUGUGGAAAUGGGCAUUGUACAGCAGUCGUACUUUGCACAGCAGCAGCACCCGCUAGCUUUACCUGGAAAGGCCAAGGUGGCGGAUGAGGCGAAGUGUUGUGGCGGGGGGACCGACCCGGAGGAUGGCAGUGCUGCUGCUGCCCAAGGCGAGGCACCAGAAUCGGCUGCCCCGCUGCCGCCGCCAUUGCUUCCACCGCUGCCGCCAUUGCAAGAUCUGGAGCAAGAGCACCCGGGGAAGCGCCUGGAGGUGCAGUAUGUCCGUAUGUCCGUACGUACCGAAGGGUUGACCUCGGUGCCACUGGUCUUUGCAAAGUCCUUGUUUGAUGGCAAGUACCUAACAUAA